ACAGUGAAGGCUUGUUCUUGAGUUGAUUCAAAGUAUCAUUGGAUAUCAAUUUUAUUUGUUGAAGUUUCAAAGUGAUAAAGUAUUAUUUUAAUUUACAAAUUCCUGUGACGUAAACAAACUUAAAUUACACCGGAAUUCGCUUGAUUCUAUAUACUAUUGUAUAAUCAUUUACCUGAAGAACAAUGAAGAAAAUUCUGGUUCUUGUGUGUUUGAUCUAUUUUAGUAAAGCAGUGUAUACUAAGGAACUCAGCCAGCUUGUGUCAGAAGAGUGCCUAGACUGCCUAUGUCAGUUGCUGACCAAGUGUGACCUCUACAGAGGGUGUGAAAACGGAGAUUGUGGACCGUUCGGAGUGACUAUGCCUUUCUGGGAGGACGCUGUGGGGAUACAGGACCAGGACGGAACCAAGAGAAAAGAUCCAAAACUGAUAUCUGAAUAUGAGAAGUGUGCUACAGAUCUGAUAUGUACUACUAAGGCGAUCCAAAAUUACAUGGAGUUGUACAAAAGAGACUGUAACAGAGAUGGGGUGAUUGAUUGUCUCGACUUUGCGGCUAUUCACACCCAAGGCCCGACAGGCUGCUUGAACGAGCCAUUUCCUGAGAAAAAGAAGAACUUUAUGGAAAACUGUUUAGAGGAAAACAUGUCAGGGAUAUAUUCUGCCAAGAUGCGAGAACUUGCCGAACUGGAGACUGUACAACAACUACAAGGAGAUAUGUCUCAAUGUCAAUACCCGUAACAUUUGUACAAACAAAAACUAUUUAUAUGCCUAUAUAUUUUUAAUACGAUUUAUAUACAGAGUGUUCAAAAAAAGGUGGGGACAUAUUUUACCUAGUGAUUUCUUGGGUAAAAAUAAAGAGAAAAUCACGUAUAACAUUUUUCCAAAAUCGCUUCGUUUACCAGAUAUUCACCAUUUUGUAUUUUUUACAUAAACAUUAUUAUCUUUUGACUCUUUCAACCGUUCUUUAUAAAACUUGGUUUGUAUGUUAAAGUAGAAGAUACCCAUGUUAAUCAACUUUAUGAAAAAAACGUCUAGAACACUUUUAUUUGGCAUUUUUAAUUCCCUAUCGAACAAUACCAAGUUCAUAAAUAUCGAAUAAGAAAUAGCCGAAAUAUUAUGAUUUUUAGUUGUAAAAUGGGACAAACCAGACUAGCUUCUGCCUUAUUCUACCCCAUUUUACAACAAAAAUCGUUAUAUUUCAGCUAUUUCUUAUUUUCUAGACGAUUUUUCAUAAAAUAACCGUUUUUGAGUAACUUUGAAAAAUUUAAAUGGCCGUCAUUUUGAAAUUUUAAGUUAAAUUAAGAUGAUUUUUUUUCUAACAUGGGUCUCUUUUAUCUUAACAUACAUACAAAGUUUUAUAAAGAUCAGUUGAAAAGUCCAAAGAUAAAAAGUUUACUUAAAAUAUACAAAAUGGCGGAUAUCUGGUUAACGAAGCGAUUUUGGAAAAAUUGUUAUACUUGAUUUUCUCUUUUAUAUUGGCCUUUUUGAACACCCUGUAUAUAUAUACUUAAAAAAUGUGGAAAACAUUGUAUAUUUUUAAUGUAGGCCUCAUAUUGGUUUCUGCUUCUAUUGUAUUUACUUCUAUGUUUUAAAAGCUAAACAAUGCUAUAAAAAUAAUUCCACGUUUUUAUAUGAAGGUUAUACAAUUUCAUUACACACAAAAUACCUUUUCCUACAGUUACCUAACAAUGUACAUGUUCUCUCACUGAUUUGAGAAAGCAAAGUGGCGAAUUCGCUCAUCAGUGAGACAAUGUUAACAUUGUCUCACUCUAAUUACUUUGUCUCACUCCAGAUUUGCAACGUGAAUGCACGAAAUAGUGAGCGCGUAACAUGCAGGCAACGUCGUAUGCACACGAAAUACGUUGGCAGCACUGGCUGUAAAUCAGCUGGUCAGCUGUUGUACUGUUGUAUUUGUCACUUCACGUUAAAUGUUAUAUUAAAAGUUCACUUCUGUGUAAAAAUAGGUUAUGUUUAUUCACCAAUUUAUUUGUUUUAUGGUAACUGUAGGAAAAAUUAUAAUGUGCAACUCGAGUUCAAAGUACAAUUGCCUCACUCGAGAAACCAUUCCUCACUCGCCUACGGCUCGUGAGUAAGGAUUUCUCUCGAGUGAGUCAAUUGCUCACUUUUCUCACUAGUUGCACAUAUAACUAUUGGGAUGUGAGAAUGCAUUUUUGAGUUUUACAACUUUUUAAAGUCUUUUAUCAAAACUAUCAGAUAAUCUUCUUAACCAACCUAUUAUAUGAAUAUCCAAUAACAUAUUCAGUUAUAUUUAAUUUAAUAAGUGUAUUUUCAUUUUUCGUUAUUCAUAAUCAAAAUAACAUUUUUAAUAAUCGUAUUUGUACAUUCGUUUUACCAUUAAAUCAAAAUAUGAAAUACUUGAAAAUCACUUGUCGUAACCAAAACUCCACGCUACGUUGUUUAAAAUACUUGAAAACCACCCGCAAACCAAGAAUGUUUAUAAUUGGCGUAUUCAAAUGUGAAUUUUUAACGAUCAUUCCGGUUGGAUAUGUUACUACUAACAUUUCCGAGAAUUUUAAUUUCAGUUGAGUGUUAACACCGAUGGAUGUUAAAGUGUUUCGAGGACUGAGACUAAACAAAAUAUUCCCACAUACAUUUAUAAUUGUUUGAUUAAAAAACAUUCGGUUAACGUUUU